GUUAGUUUUGCCGCGACCUACCGCGCAGCACUACGUUUGUUGUAUCGAUAAUUUUUCCUAUCGAUAUCGAGUGUUUCCUAUACCUUACGAGUGUGACCUUCACUUUCUGUGUUUAAUUUUGUGAAUACCGUGAUUUCAUUAGCGUUGAUGAAUAAGUUUUUUAUUUAAAUUUUCAAGUUCUAUCAACCUUUUGGAUAAUCAUCUAUAUUAACCAACAUGGAUAACAGUCUAUAUCAGAGCUAGUGCGGGAGACAAGAAGCUAAACACAAUGCGGGAGUCGCUACGCUAAGACCGGCCGACGAUUGCGCGCUUCUCUUACUAUAGAGUGAGAUGCGGCGGCAGGGUCGCCUGUCAGCCAGUGGCGCCCUAGUAGUGCGGACCGCCUCUGCCUUACAAGUAUGGCUGUGGUUGCUGCUCUUCGUGUUCCAAAAUGAAUUCCGGAUAUCCAGGUCCAUUCAACCGGGGUACUUGGACUUUGACAAUCUUCCUGAAACCAAUUUUACGUGUACUGGCAAAGUGAUCGGGGGCUACUACGCUGAUUUAGAGACGUCUUGCCAAAUGUUUCACGUUUGUACCGUAGGACAACAAGAUGAACCAAUGGAUAUUAAAUUUCUCUGUUUAAAUGGGACUGUAUUUGAUCAGGAGACAAGAGUAUGUGAAAGAGUAGACGAAGUCGACUGCACAAAGUCUGAAAAGUUUUAUAGUUUAAAUUUAGAAUUAUACGGAAACACCGUACCUCCGAUCAUUGACCCCGAAUCUUCAUCUCAGUCUACGCCAACAGACUCGCAAAUAAAAGGUGAAGAAAGUACCGAAUCAUUCGUAAACGAAUCGUCUACCAAUGCUUCUAAAACGCAAAAUCAAACAAUUGAUUUAAUAGAUACAACAGAAGACCCCGUACAUGAAACAAAUAAAAAUGAAUUCAAAGAUCAAAUAAACAAUAAGCCUACGCUCAUAUCAAUUUCAAAACAGGAAGAGGAAGAAUAUGAGGAGGACGAAGAGGAUUCGAUAGAUAGUGAAAAUGCUGAAUAUGAAGAUGAAUAUCCCAAUACUGUAACUACGUCCAUGGUUCACACCAUUACAACAACGUCUUCUACAACUAAAAUUCCUACGUCAAGUUCUGCUUUACCAAUGAGAACGCAUCGACCACCCGUGACACAUUAUAUAUCUUCACAUCCUCCUACAAUCUCUUCAGUGGCUCCUAGUACCUAUUCAUCAGUAACGUCCACAUCUAAGCCUUCUUCUACGUUAGAUCCGUCAUUACUUUCCCCCCAAGAAUUUAUUUAUAGACAUCGUGGGCCGGGUUCAGAAGCCAUAUCUUUUCAAAGACAAAACUUUCGACCAGCCGAUGGCGUUUACAUAACACAUGCACCAUCUCAACAAUUUGAUCAUUUUCAAUAUGAAUCAUCGAGAACAGCACCACGUCCAGCAGCACCUCGUCCUGUAGCAUUUGCACAAAGACCUCAACCUGCACCUUUUAGAGCUACCACGAUCGAUCCGCGUGAUCAACUACUUCGGCCAGGACCUUCACCUCAUUUACCUGAUAUUACUUUAAAUCAUCGCAAUCAGCAUCAUUCUUCAUUGCCAUCACAGCAAACUUUACCUUUUAAUCCUUUUUAUUAUGACCGAAAACGUAGUGAUGACUCCGGUUCCGAAUAUCAAUCAUCUCUUACAGCUAGAUCAGUGGCUCCUAUUAUUGAAACUGAACGUCCUGUAAAACCAAAAAGUCCACCAAGAGUUAUAGUGACAGCUAGUGCAUCAGUUAGUGAUAGUAAUGGAAAGAGAUUAAAUUAUACAGUCGGUAAUGUAGUAAGCGCAGUGAAGCCAAUAGUUGCAAUUAACUAUGAUGACUUUAAAGAAUCUGACCUUCUAUUUGACCCAUUCUUUCUUGAUGUACCAAAACUCCAUGCCCGGCGAAAAAGCAGAUCCAACCAAUACAGGCAUAUUUUCAAUGUUCCAGAAACUGCAACCAUUUCGUCAUCUGCUGAUUCAGUUAAAAAUACAAAGCCAACUUUAUCCCCAGUUACAUCAAGAGCGACAACUGUAAAAGCAUUCAACCAAGUAAAAAUAACAACGCCUACUCCUAUUACAUCUGCGUGGAAUCCAGAUGACUAUGUAGAUGAUAAUUAUGAACCUCAUGUAUAUGUGCCUCCUGUUCUACCUCUUGCAGUUGUUAUGGCUCGUGAUCUUAAUAAAAUCGUAAAAUAUGAAGCCAAGACGGAUGAAGGCUUGAUAAAGGAGCACAAUAAAAUAAUGGAUAUUCGCGUAGAACAACCCAAGGUUAGGCCUUCUGCUACGCAAAAAGUCUCUAGUCAAAGUGCGGGUACAGAGGCUACGCAUACCAUGUCGCCAUUGCCUAUACUAGCGCCCGCUUGCGCUGCUUCGCGCACCAGUGACUGUCGGAAUCGUGCCUAGUAUCUAUUGUUAGGAAUUAGCUCACUUUGUAAUUACUAAAUGAUAAGUAGAUUCAUAUUUAAAUUGUUAGUGAAUUUUAUACCAAUACUUUUGUACUUGAUAAAAUAAAAAUAAACAAUUGUUAUUAAGUCCAGCUGAUGAAAAAAGUAAACAUGUUUGGUCAUUUAAAAUAAUUAUAAACAUAUUAUUAGUAAUACCUGUUGUCACAAAUAAAAUAUUUUCUUAGCAUAAUAUUUGCAAUAUUGUAACUGUAUUUAUUUAGGAUAAUCUCCUAGAUGAAAACUUUCGUUUAAAUGAAAUAGCUUUGUACAUAUUUAUAUAGAAUAUAUGCGUCACAAUAA